AUGCUCAAUCAUCAUAACUCUUUAACAUCUAAUGAUACUAAAAAAAAUCAUGAACAAAAUUCUAUCACUUUAUCUCCCUCAGUAUUAACUUCCGUACCAAAAAAAACCAAACAAAUAUCACUUACCUUAGAGACAAGGAUAAAAAAUAUAAAUAAUAAAAUAGUUAGUAAUUAUCUUUCACAUACCCAUUCUACUCACCCUUUUACCUUUUCUUCUCCUGUCUCCUCUACCACAAGUUCUCGAUUAACGUCACCCCAACAAAAUAAUAAUACUAGUCAAUUACCUUCCCCCCCGUCUUCUUAUAGUUCUUAUUCAAAACAACAAUCUUUUUUUGAACAACUAACGAAAGCCACAACUUUACACCCUUACGCUACAUCAAAAACGAUGCAACGUUCUUCGCGCGGUGGUCAUUCACAUCAACUUAGUAACGGUAGCGUUACAAGUAAUAGUAGUGACCAUCAUAGCAGAAAUAACAGCGCAAAUGGUGGUGACCUUUUACCACAGCAUCAAAGAAAUAAUAGUAACCAAGGUGGACCAAGUCCAGAUUCAAAAUUCUUACUGUCUGAUUUUACCAUCUGCCGUACCCUAGGUACAGGCUCGUUUGGUAGAGUUCACCUUGUACAAUCAAAGUAUAACAACAAGUUUUACGCGAUGAAAGUUUUAAAGAAGAGUGAAGUAGUUAGGUUAAAACAGGUUGAACAUACGAACAAUGAAAAGCAUAUCUUGGAACAAGUACAACAUCCUUUCUUGGUAAAUUUAUGGGGAACUUUUCAAGAUAGUUGCAAUUUAUAUAUGGUUAUGGAUUAUGUGGUGGGUGGUGAACUUUUUAGCAUACUAAGGAAAACUCAGCGUUUUCCUGAUCACGUCGCAAAAUUCUAUGCUGCUGAAGUCCUCCUCGCCUUCGAAUACUUGCAUUCAAAAGAUAUAAUCUAUCGAGAUCUUAAACCUGAAAACCUCCUACUGGAUCGUAACGGCCACAUAAAAAUUACUGAUUUUGGAUUCGCAAAAUAUGUACCAGAUAUAACGUGGACUUUAUGUGGUACUCCUGAUUACUUAGCUCCAGAAAUAAUUCAAUCAAAAGGUUAUGGAAAAGCUGUGGAUUGGUAUUCUUUAGGCGUGCUAAUAUUUGAAAUGCUCGCUGGAUAUCCACCAUUUUAUGAUGAGGAUCAUAUGCGAUUAUACGAAAAGAUAUUAGCUGGAAGAAUAAAAUAUCCUUCAUUUUUUAAUCCUGACGCAAAAGAUUUACUAAAACGGUUGUUGACUAGUGAUCUGACGAAAAGAUAUGGAAAUUUAAAAGGCGGUAGUAAGGAUAUCAAAGGACAUGUUUGGUUUAAAGGUGUAGAUUGGGAUCGAUUACUCAGACGAGAAAUUCAAGCACCAUAUGUACCUGUCGUCAAUGGAGAAGGUGAUGCCAGUAAUUUUGAUGUUUAUCCUGAGGAAAGGGAACCUUAUGGGAAACCUU